UUACAGUUCCCCGAAUGUGGUUUCUAUGGAAUGUAUGAUAAGAUCCUGCUUUUUCGCCACGACCCUACCUCUGAAAACAUCCUUCAGCUGGUGAAAACGGCUAGCGAUAUCCAGGAAGGCGAUCUAAUUGAAGUUGUCUUGUCAGCUUCUGCCACCUUUGAAGACUUUCAAAUUCGUCCCCACGCUCUUUUUGUUCACUCGUAUAGAGCUCCGGCUUUCUGUGAUCACUGUGGAGAAAUGCUGUGGGGUUUGGUGCGUCAAGGCCUUAAAUGCGAAGGAUGCGGACUGAAUUACCAUAAGAGAUGUGCAUUUAAAAUCCCCAACAAUUGCAGUGGCGUGAGAAGGAGAAGGCUCUCGAAUGUUUCUCUCACUGGGCUCAGCACCAUCCGCACAGCAUCUGCUGAGCUCUCCACCAGUGCCCCUGACGAGCCCCUCCUGUCUCCUGUGAGUCCUGGCUUUGAGCAAAAGUCACCAUCAGAGUCAUUUAUUGGUCGAGAAAAGAGGUCAAAUUCUCAGUCAUAUAUUGGACGACCAAUUCAGCUCGACAAGAUUUUGAUGUCUAAAGUGAAAGUGCCACACACAUUCGUCAUCCACUCCUACACCAGGCCCACGGUGUGCCAGUACUGCAAGAAGCUUCUCAAGGGGCUUUUUAGGCAGGGCCUGCAAUGCAAAGACUGCAGAUUCAACUGUCACAAACGUUGUGCAUCCAAAGUACCAAACAACUGCCUCGGCGAAGUGACCAUUAAUGGAGAUUUGCUUAGCCCUGGGGCAGAGUCUGAUGUGGUCAUGGAAGAAGGGAGUGAUGACAAUGACAGUGAAAGGAACAGUGGGCUCAUGGAUGACAUGGAAGAAGCAAUGGUUCAAGACACCGAGGUGGUGAUGGCAGAGUGUCAGAAUGACAGCGGGGAAAUGCAGGACCCAGACCCAGACCCAGAGGAGUCCAACAGAACUAUCAGUCCAUCAACAAGCAACAAUAUCCCGCUCAUGAGAGUCGUGCAGUCUGUCAAACACACAAAGAGGAAAAGCAGCACAGUGAUGAAAGAAGGCUGGAUGGUCCACUAUACCAGCAAAGACACACUGCGGAAACGACACUAUUGGAGACUGGAUAGCAAAUGUAUUACCCUCUUUCAAAAUGACACAGGAAGCAGGUACUAUAAGGAAAUCCCCUUAUCAGAAAUUUUAUCUCUGGAACCAGCAAAACCUUCAGCUUUAAUUCCUAAUGGGGCCAAUCCUCAUUGCUUUGAGAUCACUACAGCAAAUGUAGUGUAUUACGUGGGAGAAAAUGUGGUCAAUCCUUCCAGCCCACCACCAAAUAGCAGUGUCCUCACCAGUGGCGUUGGCGUCGAUGUGGCCAGGAUGUGGGAGAUGGCCAUCCAGCAUGCUCUCAUGCCUGUCAUACCCAAGGGCUCGACUGUAGGUUCAGGAACCAACUCGCACAGAGAGAUUUCUGUGAGUAUUUCAGUAUCAAAUUGCCAGAUUCAAGAAAAUGUGGACAUCAGCACAGUAUAUCAAAUUUUUCCUGAUGAAGUACUGGGUUCUGGGCAAUUUGGAAUUGUUUACGGAGGAAAACAUCGUAAAACAGGAAGAGACGUAGCUAUUAAAAUCAUUGACAAAUUAAGAUUUCCAACCAAACAAGAAAGCCAGCUUCGUAAUGAGGUUGCAAUUCUACAGAACCUUCAUCACCCUGGUGUUGUAAAUUUGGAGUGUAUGUUUGAGACGCCUGAAAGAGUGUUUGUUGUUAUGGAAAAACUCCAUGGAGACAUGCUGGAGAUGAUCUUGUCAAGUGAAAAGGGCAGGUUGCCAGAACACAUAACGAAGUUUUUAAUUACUCAGAUACUUGUGGCUUUGCGGCAUCUUCACUUUAAAAAUAUCGUUCACUGUGACCUCAAACCAGAAAACGUGUUGCUAGCCUCGGCCGAUCCUUUCCCCCAGGUGAAACUUUGCGACUUUGGUUUUGCCCGGAUCAUUGGAGAAAAGUCUUUCCGGAGGUCAGUGGUGGGUACCCCAGCUUACCUGGCUCCUGAGGUUCUAAGGAACAAGGGCUAUAAUCGCUCUCUAGACAUGUGGUCUGUUGGAGUCAUCAUCUAUGUAAGCCUAAGUGGCACAUUCCCAUUUAAUGAAGAUGAAGACAUACAUGACCAAAUCCAGAACGCAGCUUUCAUGUAUCCACCAAAUCCCUGGAAGGAAAUCUCUCAUGAAGCCAUUGAUCUUAUCAAUAACUUGCUGCAAGUAAAAAUGAGAAAGCGCUAUAGCGUGGAUAAGACCUUGAGUCACCCUUGGCUACAGGAUUAUCAGACCUGGUUAGAUUUGCGAGAGCUUGAGUGCAAAAUCGGGGAACGCUACAUCACCCACGAAAGUGACGACCUGCGGUGGGAGCAGUACGCUGGCGAGCAGGGGCUGCAGUACCCUGAGCACCUGAUCAAUCCCAGUGCUAGCCACAGUGACAGUCCUGACGCUGAAGAAACAGAGAUGAAAGCCCUCAGUGAGCGUGUCAGCAUCCUCUGA